AUGAUACUAGUUGUGGUACAAUUCGAUAAGACCUUUUUGGCACAAUACGAGUUGAGUUUCUGUAGAGUUCAAGAAUCGAGUUUGACUCGUAUGGAGAGAUGCUCUGUGUACCAACUGAAUCAAUUGCAUGUCUACAUUCCUCUUGCGUUAACUAAUGGUUGGUGGCAGUGGUUAUCUGCGGCUGCUGAAGAUGUUCCAAAUGAAAAUUUAGUGCGGCGACGUAUAUCCGGCUGCAUCCGGUUAGUUCUAUCCUCCACCGGUUGCAUUCGGUCACAGACCCCUCCAAUUCCCGCUUGGCAUAUAAAAUCCGAUCAGCAUAGAGAAAUUGCUUUUUCCUGCACAAUCAACCCUCUAAUUUGUCUAUUUAUUUCCAGGAUUGGCACUGGACAGCUAUUUGGAUCCCAGCCCCCAGGCAGCAGCAUCUCCUAUGAUGCCCUCUCGUCUGGGUGGAGGAAUGGCACAUUCUUCUUUGAGAUCCGGAAUGUUUUCCCAAGGAGAUGGGAGGUCCCAGUUUCUGGGGGUGUUGGCAACACAGUCUUAAAUGGCGUGGCAAGCUCUGGACCGAGUGUUGGGGCAAGUUCUUUGGUCACUGAUGCCAACUCAGGACUUUCAGGGGGUCCCCUUCUGCAGAGAAGUGCCAGCAAUAAUACGGAAUCUUAUAUGCGUCUACCUGCAUCGCCCAUGUCAUUCUCAUCUAAUAACAUUAGCAUUUCUGGCUCAUCUGUCGUGGAUGGAUCCUCUAUUGGGCAACCAGGUUCUAAUCAAAACACAAACUCUCAACAAGCCCAGCAAAAUCAGCAGCAUCAGGGAGCUUCAAGUGCGACAUCUUUGCCUACAUCACGGAUGGGGCAAGUUCAGCUUUCUGGUAGUCCAAGGGUUUUUAGUUCCUUAAUUCAGGACCCCACCACUAUGUCUCAGCUACAAAAGAAACCUCGCUUGGACAUCAAGCAGGAAGAUAUUCUACAACAGCAGGUUCUGCAGCAACUGUUGCAGAGACAAGAUUCAAUGAACUUACAAAACUCAAACCCACAGUUGCAAGCUUUGAUUCAGCAGCAGAGACUAAGGCAACAGCAACAGCAACAGCAACAGCAACAGUUCCUACAGUCCAUGCCACCAAUUCAGAGGGUUCAGUUGCUGCAGCAACAGCAACAGCAGCAGCAGCAGCAGCAGCUAAGACAGCAGCUUCAGCAACAGGGAAUGCAACCCGCAUCUUCUGUGAAGCGCCCCUAUGAUGGUGGUGUAUGCUCACGUCGGCUAAUGCAAUACCUGUAUCAUCAGAGACAGAGGCCUCCUGAUAAUGCUAUUGCCUAUUGGAAAAAAUUUGUUGCUGAGUACUACUCUCCACGUGCAAAGAAGAGGUGGUGUCUAUCCUUGUACGAUAACGUCGGGCAUCAUUCGCUUGGGGUAUUUCCCCAGGCAGCAAUGGAUGCAUGGCAGUGCGACAUUUGUGGUUCUAAAUCUGGGAGGGGAUUUGAGGCAACUGUUGAAGUGCUCCCUAGACUCAACGAAAUCAAAUUUGGGAGUGGUGUCAUCGAUGAGCUGUUGUUUUUGGACUUGCCUCGUGAAUGUAGAUUUUCUUCAGGAAUGAUGAUGCUCGAGUAUGCAAAAGCAGUUCAAGAAAGUAUAUACGAGCAACUCCAUGUGGUUCGCGAGGGUCAGCUUCGUAUCAUUUUCAGCCCCGAUCUGAAGAUAUUAUCUUGGGAAUUUUGUGCAAGGCGGCAUGAGGAACUUCUUUCUCGUAGAUUGGUUGCACCACAGGUAAAUCAAUUGCUGCAAGUUGCACAGAAAUGCCAAAGCACAAUUUCUGAAAGUGGACCUGAAGGCGUUUCUCAGCCCUAUUUACAGGCAAACAGUGUUAUGGUUGUAACAGCUGGACGUCAGCUUGCUAAGAGUUUGGAGCUACAAUCACUUAAUGAUUUGGGAUUUUCCAAAAGAUAUGUUCGGUGCCUUCAGAUUGCCGAGGUUGUCAAUAGCAUGAAAAACCUGAUGGAUUUCUGCAGAGAACAAAAAGUUGGUCCAAUUGAGGGCUUGAAAAAUUUCCCACGACACACCACUGUGCCGAAGAUCGAGAUGCAAGAGAUGGAGCAGAUGGGAGGUGUUCAGAGUAUGCCAACUGAUUGCAACACGCUAAAUAAGCUCGUGGCAUUGAAUCCCGGGACCAAUAAUCAAAUGAAUAAUAACCAACAUAUGGUUGGUCGAGGAGCUUUGAGUGGCUCAGCACAGGCUGCUUUUGCAUUGACAAACUAUCAAAAUUUGCUGAUGAGACAAAACUCAAUGAAUUCAACCCACAAUUCAAUUAAGCAGGAGGCAUCUUCUUCGUUCAGUAAUUCUAGUCAAGCUCCAACUUCAUCAGUUUCAGGGUUGCAGAAUGUACCAGGUAGUGGCUUCUCGAAUUCCCAACUGGCACAGCAGCAGCAGCAGCAGCAAGCGCUGCAGCGUUCAUUAAGUGGUAAUGGUUUACUAAUGCAAAAUCAACCCCAGCCCUCUCGCGGGAGCCAAGUAUCACAACAGCAAACAAUCCAGCAAUUGAUGCAGGAUAUGAACAACAAUGGUGGGGGCGGGUUUCAACAGCAGUCCCUUUUGAUGCAGAGUGCGGGUCGGGAUGGACUCGGUUUUAGAAACAGCCCUUCAACAGCUACUACUCCGUCUGCAAAUGGACAAGGCAAUGUUGUUGGACACCCACCAAGCAGAAGCAAUAGUUUCAAGUCUGCUUCGAAUAAUUUCUCAUUUAGCCAAAAAACAUCAGAUUUGCCUCAGAAUCUUCAUUUAUCAGAGGAAAUGGUACGAGACAUUGCUCAUGAGUCCACGGAAAAUGGGUUUUUUAACAGUGAACUCGAUGACAGCAUGAACUAUGUGUGGAAAUAA